CCCUCCGCCCGUCUCUAUCUUUACCUCAGAAAGGUGGGCAGUAAAGAGGGUGCAUUUCCAGAAACAAGUUGCUCUGCAGUGGCCCCAUUAUCUCAGCUCAAGAUGUACAGCUUCAUGGGAGGGGGCCUCUUCUGUGCUAUUGUGGGUAAUAUCCUGUUGGUGGUCUCCACUGCAACUGACUACUGGAUGCAGUACCGCCUCUCUGGAAACUAUGCACACCAGGGUCUGUGGAGGUACUGCAUGUCCAACAAGUGCUACAUGCAGACUGAUAGCAUAGCUUACUGGAAUGCCACCAGGGCCUUCAUGAUCCUUUCAGGGAUGUCAUGCUUUGCAGGCAUCAUCGCUGGCAUCAUGUCCUUUGCACAUUUCUCCUCCUUUGAAAGGUUCAAUCGCUCCUUUGCUGCAGGAAUCAUGUUUUUCGUCUCCACUUUCUUUGUUCUACUGGGUAUGGCCAUCUAUACUGGAGUGACAGUCAACUUCCUGGGAAGGCGCUUCGGUGACUGGCGCUUCUCCUGGUCCUACAUACUGGGCUGGGUGGCCAUGCUCAUGACCUUCUUUGCAGGUAUUUUCUACAUAUGUGCCUACAGAAUGUGUGAAUGCAGGAGAGGAACUGGCCCACGCUAAAGGGUGACCUACAGCUUGUUUGGAAAAAAAAAAGAAAGAGUUCAAUGCCACUUUGAACAGAGGUGAACCAGAAAACAUCAAGGCAAUGUUGACUGAUCUACUGAAGAG